UGUGUUGUCUGAUGAAUAAAUCUGGUAUGGUCUGCCAUAAUGAAGGCUAAUUAGUUUAUGCUGCAGCACUCAUGGCUGCCUUUGAAAAAUCUGCCAGAUGUAUCAAGGAUUGGUAGCAGUCCAAAGAGAGUCAUGCUUAAUCAGCUGAAAGCCUCUCUUUCUGCAGUCUCCCAGCUGCUGCUGCUGCUCCAGAGCCAGAGUGAAGAGUCCCCUCACCCCCCUGCACAGAGACAAAAGGCCUGAUUCGCCUGCUGAACACUGCCCCCUUUCUCCAUCCGUCCCUUCAUGCACGGCCGUAAUGGUGGUGGCGGGGGCUUCAGGAGAAAACGAGGCCUGGACUGGGACUAAAAUCUAGGACUGACCCAGUGAAGGAGAGUGGGAAGAGGGGGAGGGGAGGAGGAGGAGGAGGAUGGGGGCUGGAAUGGUUGGGGCUGAGUACAGGCAGGUGCUGAGGCCUCUACAGGAAGACUGAUUUUUCCUGAAUAUCUCUGAGUGGAAAAAAAUCUGAUAAGGGAUGGAAGGAAGGAAGGAAAGAAGGUUUGGCUAGUGGCUGGAGAGGGACGGAGGAAAGAGGGUGAUCUCCUCAUUAGAACAGGAGCAGGACCAUGGUAGAUAUGAAGACGCCAGACUUCGAUGACCUACUGGCAGCCUUUGACAUCCCUGACAUGGUGGAUCCUAAAGUGGCUAUUGAAUCUGGCCACCAUGAUGACCAUGACGGACAGCUCAAGCAACCAAGUGAUGCAGUGGCUACCACUGAAGACGAGGCCCAUAACCCCUCAACAGGACAUGAUGUUGGCGUUAGUGUCAUUGUCAAGAACAUCCGAAAAACGGACACUAGUGAGAAUGGCGGAAGCAUAUCAGAGAAGGAUGGACAUUUCCACUCCCAACCCCAUUCUGUUGGCAUUGGCAAUGGACUUCAUAAUGGCCUCUUGCAAGCAAUACCACCAGGUACUCAUUACACCAAGAAUGGAUGGAAAGCUCUCAGGGAGGAAGGACAGUCAGUUAACAACCAAUCAUCUACCUUCAAUCAGUUCAGCCCCAUCUCCAGUGCUGAAGAGUUUGAUGAUGAUGAUAAAAUUGAGGUAGAUGAUCCCAUGGACAAGCAGGGAGGUCAGUCAUUCUUUAGGUCCACUACUAAGAGAGAGGACCAGAAUCCCAAAUCUCCUGUAUCAGUGGACAAUGUUUCUAAGCCCAGAGCAAACAGAGACCAAAAACCAGAUCAAAACAAGAACAACAAUGGCACUCUUGGAGGUCCCAAGUCUAACGACCCCCCUCAAUUAAGUUUCCCUGAGGAGGAACUCAAGGUCCUCAAGUCUCAAGGUCAGGAGUGCAAAGAGGCUGGUGAGCCAUCAGGGCUUGAUAAUGUGUCCAAUAUGUCUCAAGUCAAAGCUAAGUCCUCUGCAAAACUUUCAUCUUGUAUAGCAGCCAUAGCAGCCCUUAGUGCCAAAAAAGCUAGUGCUACAGACUUGGAUUCUCCUACAACACAGAAAGAAUCCAUCCAGGCCAAUGAAAAUCCCAGAGCUCCAGAGAAGCCACAUGAGCAGGAGUCAGCCCUAGAAUUUGCAAAGAGGCUUCUAACAAGACAACCAGACAGCCCCUCUAGCGUCACCAGUGAGGGUAGCAGCAAAGGUUCCCCUGCUUCAAGCACAGACACCACCCCGGUCAUCCCAAAAGUCAGGAUCAAAACAAUCAAGACCUCAUCCGGCCAGAUCAAGCGUACUGUCACACGAGUUCUACCACAGUUUGAUCCUGAGGGUCUGAGAAAAGGAGAGAAUAGCCCACCUGUCAUGGCAACCACCAGUGCAAAUUUCUCAUCUCCCACAAGGCCCUCUCUGCCAACCACAGUAGUAGGCACCACUGGAGGCCCUUCAAUUGAAAUAACCAAGCAAAUGACUAUUAAACCUGUGGCGACAGCUUUCCUGCCUGUCUCAGCAGUCAAGACAGCUGGUUCCCAAGUCAUCAACCUGAAGCUAGCUAACAACACCACAGUCAAAGCAACAGUCAUCCCCGCUGCAUCAGUGCAAAGUGCGAGCAGUGCCAUCUUGAAAGCUGCUAAUGCCAUCCAGCAACAGACUGUCAUGGUACCUGCCUCCAGUCUGGCUAAUGCCAAACUUGUGCCAAAGACAGUCCAUCUUAGUAACCUCAAUCUUCUGCCUCAGACUGUAUCCUCUGCUGUCUGUGAUCUUCAACAGGCCCUGUCCUCCUCCAAACAACCACAGCAUCAACAAUCACAACAAGUCAAACAGAAAACAAUUCUCGCUGGCCGGGCCUCAAAGAAAGUCUCUAGGGUUCAAGUGUUCACCAGCUCUCAAAGCUCUGUAGUGGACGCCUUCAAUAAAGUUCUGAGUAGCAUAAAUCCUGUCCCUGUGUACGUCCCAAACCUCUCUCCACCAACCUCAGCUUGUAUCUCUAUACCCUCACGUGGUUACAAGUGCCUGGAGUGUGGAGAUUCAUUUGCUCUUGAAAAGAGUCUGGCACAGCACUACGAGCGUCGCAGUGUGCGGAUUGAGGUCACCUGCAACCACUGUGCCAAAAGUCUAGUGUUCUACAACAAAUGCAGCCUCUUGUCUCAUGCCAGGGGCCACAAGGACAAAGGGGUUGUCAUGCAGUGCUCACAUCUAAUCCUAAAACCCAUUCCUGCAGAUCAGAUGAUAACCACAUCGCCCUCAUCAGGCCCACCCAAGAUCACUGGCGCUAGCUCCACUUCCCAAGCACAAGCACCCACUAGUCAAAUCCCAGGAAGAGUUGCUGGUGAUGGGUCCAAAACUGCAGUGAUUUCAGCUCCAAGCAGUGCUCCUCUUGUGGCAGCCAUGCCCUUGGAGGAUGAUGCAUCGAAGCUCUGCAGGCACAGCCUAAAGUGCUUGGAGUGUAACGAAAUGUUCCAGGACGACAGCUCGCUAGCUAUGCACUAUCAACAGGCACUGGAGUCCAGUGGGCAGAAAACAUGCACCAUCUGCCAAAUGCUUCUCCCAAAUCAGUGCAGUUUUCUGUCACACCAGCGAAUCCAUCAGCACAAGUCUCCUUACAUCUGCCCCGAGUGUGGAGCCAGCUGCCGUUCUGUCCACUUUCAGUCACAUGUCACCAAGAACUGCCUGCAUUACACCCGCAGAGUCGGCUACCGCUGUACCCACUGUAGUGUGAUCUUCACUGAUGUUGCAACCGUAAAAUCCCACAUCCAGAAUACUCACUGUGAGGUCUUCUAUAAAUGUCCUCUCUGCCCCAUGGCCUUCAAGUCUGCACCUGGAACGCACUCUCAUGCAAACACACAGCAUCCAGGAAUGAAGACAGGAGAGCCCAAGGUGAUCUAUAAGUGUUCCAUGUGUGAUACCGUGUUCACUUUGCAGUCCCUGCUCUACACGCACUUCGACCAGCACAUCGUCAAUCAUAAAGUUUCAGUGUUCAAAUGCCCAGACUGCUCCUUGCACUAUGCACAGAAACAGCUCAUGUUGGACCAUAUCAAGGCUACCCAUGGAACUCUGAGGACCAUCGAGGGUCCACCAAACUUGGGCAUCAACCUCCCUCUCAGCACCAAGCCUACUAACUCUAACAGUACAAAUAGCAAUAUCCCCAGUAAUAAUAAUACUAAUAAUAAAGAUGGAGGAAAUGUCAAUGGUCAAGACAAGGGACAAAAGAAGCCUUUACCUUCACCGCUAAAGAAAACAAACAGUAACUGGUCAGCAGACCUUAAGAACCCUCCCGGCUCAGGAUACACAUGUGGAGACUGCAAUACCCUCUUCAGCUCCAGGGAGGUCUUUGUGGCUCACAUGAGGCGUGAACACGGCAAGAUACUGAAGAAACACCCAUGUCGACAGUGCGACAAGUCCUUCAGCUCCUCCCACAGUCUUUGCAGACACAACCGUCUCAAACACAAGGGACUGCGGAAGGCCUACACCUGCCCGCACUGUCCACCUCUCAGUCAGCCAUUCACUAAGAGAGUGCUGCUGGAUCAGCACAUUCAGCUGAUGCAUGGAGUCAAAGACCCAGAGGGGAAGACUGUCAACUCUGAUAAUAUGGAGGCUUUACCUGACAAGAAAACGACCCUCAGCCCCAAAAGGAAGCCAGAAGAGGAUGAGGGGUCUCCAGGCUUGAACUCCAGGGUCUCUGACUCACAGCCUUUGAAGAGGCUCAAGGUGAACAUCCUUAAAGUUCACAAGUGUGCCGUUUGCGGCUUCACCACUGAAGACAUUGCGGCUUUCCAUGAGCACAUUCCCCAGCACAAGUCUGAUGGCUCGUCCUACCAGUGUCAGGAGUGCGGCCUCUGCUACACCUCCCACCGCUCCCUGGCCCGACACCUCUUUAUCGUCCAUCGGCUGAAGGAGCCGCAGGGUCUCGCACGAUACAAUGGACGGGGCAAGGAUGACGAUGAGAGUCAGAGAGAGAACCAGUUGGAUGUUACAGACGAGAACAAUGACGGAACACCAAAUACCAAAUGCAAAGUGUGUGGGAAGAAGUUUGAAACGGAGGGAAACCUGAAUACACACAUGAGGACACAUGGGAUGGCGUUCAUAAAGUCAAAGAGACUGGCUGAGAAGUGAGAGGAACACACUUUGAAACCAUUCCAUCUAAAGCAAACACUGUUGUUUUAAACUUUUACAAUUUGUUAAAUUGUUGCAGACAAACUACAGUCUCAAUCUCAAUUGGCUGUGGUCACGCUGCAUAUACAUAAUGUAUAUGUAGGGUACUGCAAUAUGUAUACAAUAUACACACAAAAUAUGUAAUAAAUGUUAAGUAAAUUGAACAAGAUAGUUUUUCGUACACACAUAGAUGUUUCUAUAGGCCUUGAAUAAAUUUUUUUUAUAGAAGAGCUUUUUUAUUUUAAACAGUUUCCAUUGUUGACUUCUCACUAGGACUAGAUAAUGUAUGAAUAUAUUGUUGUAACAGGAUUAAUCCUCAUACAGUCAGCAGUGUUCUGAAUUUUCAAUGCUGCUAAUGUCCAACGAAUGUCUGGAUAGAAAGAUUAAAAAAAUAUACAAAAGUAUAUAAAACUUUUGGGAGCUUCAGGUUUCCCCCACUACAGUACGUUACCCCUAACUGAGGACUUCAAUUUAAACUUAAAAAUUGAGUUGGCAUCAAACAUUCUUUAUGUUUCAGUUUUUAUAUUUCAUGGAUAACUAAUAUUUCUCUCUGAGCCCUCCUUGGCUUCUACAACUAACUAUGGCUAUGGUCUCCUUCUAAUACAUCCUGAAACUACUGAUCCUAAAACAAAAUCUCUGCAUUCAUUUUGAGCUGAAAUUACAUGAAAUAUCAGUAGAUUUCAGACAACCAGACAAAGAUAAAGCCUAUUUUCAGCUGCAUCUCCAUUCCACCUUGUCGAGUUAUUAUCAUUCACAUAUUAAAUGCAUACACAACAGAACUUCUGAAGAAACAGAAACAGGAGUCUUUUAACUCUUAACUUUUAUGGGCCAAAUUUGAAUUUUCUUUUAAAAAUAUAUUUUGUAAAAGAUUGUCAAAUGUUUUUUAUGUUUCAUUCGUCUUAACAUAUAUAUGGCAGCUCUUUGUGAUUACAUUUAUUUACCCGAAUAUUUAAAAUAUAAAGAUACAAAGAACAGUCUUCUUUACAGCAUAGUUCAUCUGUCGUUACACAAUAAAAAUAAAAUUGUAACCCUAUAUUUCGUAAAACAUAAUUUUCUAUCUUGUUUCUUCAGUUUGUGGUUCUUUGGUUUAUUGUGAAAUCAUAAUGAAUGUUCAAACAUUGGAAAAACAUCUAAACCGAAGAAAAACUUCUAGGAAUGUAAACAUGGCUGUGAAACUGAAUUAUUCAUACAAAACAACCAGUUCAAUUAAAUGAACAAUAACUGAAAGUCGUGAGAAUCUCAAGAUUGUUUUCCAUUGCUUUCUUCGUUCCAAGCAUUUCCAAAAAAUAUCACUCAGUUUUGGACAGUAGUUUUUCUACUCCGAGAAUAAGACUUUAACUGUCUUGCGCUGUAAAACUGCAUGUGAGAAGCAGUCUGUGAAUUGUUUGUUGAUUAGAAUGUGUUUUGCUGCUGGUGCUGCUGUUUUUAGACAAUUCUGAUGCUUGUGUACAAAGCUGUUCUUUAUGACAAUAAAUGAUGAAACCAAGAUCUGAUGUCGACUGCACAUGAGACAUCAGAUCUUCUCCAUGAAAAUA